CACGCCUUUAAACGUUGAGAGAGUCUCUCUCCUGGGUCCUGCGUCCUAGCUUGUUUUUGUGUACGAUUCAUGGCUUCCGCAUCUCUUUCCUGAGCGAUUGUUUGUUUGAAACCUGUUGUAUUCUUUCUGUUCUCUGUCGGAAUCACAGAUUUUACCCUUCUUGGUCCGUGAAUUUCAGUUUGAAAGGUGGAUUUUAGCGUAACAGCGAAGAAUGCAAAUCGCGUAAACACUGUUCACAGCGUCGCGAUUGAGUUGUUUACCUGAAUUUUGUUGGGUUUCUCUGGUAAAUGGGACUGGUUUGGGGCUUCCCAUCCUAUGGCGAACCUUGCUAACCCUACUUCCGGCUGAUUGGUACCUGUGUAAACUGAACUGCUCUGGCCAAUUUCUUUGUGCCGCUAGGUGAAAGACUGGUGAUGGGGUGGAAGAAGCAGAGCAAUGGGGAAGUUUCACAGGCUAGAGUAACCAGGUCGAGGUUCACAAUUUUAGAGAAUGAUUUCCCAGCCCUGCUACCUGGGAGUAUCACUAAGAAACCUGCUGAAAAUACCUCUGCUGCUAAACUAGCUGCUUCAGUCGUGGAGAACAAGCUGGCCAAUGUUGGAGGGGAUUUGGGGGCUGCACCUACUACACCACUUCCUGGGCAGAUCACUGGGAAAGCUGUUGUUAUUGCUACCCCUGCUUCUCCUGGGAUUUCACCUGCUACUGACACUGCAGUAGCUAACAAACCGUCUGCCAUUCCAGCAACAAUACCUGGGCAGAUUACCUUGGGCAUCAAACCUUCUGGGACUAACCCACAAUGGGCUGAACUGUUUAGAGACAAUCGUGCUCCGUCUAAAGGUAUCAAACUGAAAUAUCUUCCUCCCGGUGAUGAAGUUGUUGAUCUCUCCAAUUGUGUGUUACCUUCUAUGGUCUUGGUGUGGGGUUUUUGCCUCGUUGGAUGCUUUACAGGUAGAUUCCCGGGACUUGAAGCGAUAUAUGAGCUUGUGAACAAAUGGGGCGUACAUUGUACAUUGCAAUCCCAUAAGAAGGGGUGGGUGGUUUUUAAAUUUAAGAAUGAGCAUGAUAGAACUAAGGUUUUUACCGAAGGGCCUUAUAAUAUCUUUGGAAGAUUACUUAUCUUGAAAAUGCUUUCCGAUGACUUCACUUUUGAUGAUGAGGCAUUCCUUAAGGUGCCUAUUUGGGUUAAGUUUCCCAAUUUACCUUUGAACUUGUGGAAUGAAGAGGCAAUGAGCAUGAUUGCUUCAAAGGUGGGUGUUCCUAUCACUACGGACAAGGUCACUCAAGAGAUGUCUAAUUAUAACUUUGUGAGGGUUUUAAUUGAGGUGGACAUUACCUUGGCACCUUGCCUUUCAUUUCCUAUCAAGUUACCUUCGGGGAAGACUUUUAAUCAAGUGGUUGUCUAUGAAACCUUUCCUAAUUUCUGUUUUCAUUGCAAAUCUUACGGACAUCACCCCUUUAUUUGCAAGGAAUUGGGAUGGAAAAAGAUUGAUAAAGUGAUGAUAGCGGGUGGUGUGAAGAAGGGGGGAAAGCCAAAGAAGCUGCUCAACCAAGGAUGGAUCCCCCUAACACCUCUCGGGCAGUACCUAUCAAGGGGAAGAUUGUCCAGACUGCUGAGGGGCAGUUUACUGCCAGCCCGACCGGGCAACCUUCAGGCCCGACCGGGCCUCUUGUCCAGACUGCUGCUGAGGGGGCUGUUUUAGGUGCGAAACUUGUGCAGUCUACGCCAACUGACCAGGGUACUUCCUUGCCUGCCCAUGGGCUUUACAAAGUUGUUGAAUCCGAGGUUGUUUUGGAAGAUAUUGAAAGGAUCGUGAUGGAAGAAAAAGAUUUGAAGCUUAAUGAUGUUGUCAUCAAAUAUGGUAUCAAAAAUGGUAAGACACUUAAAUUGGUUGUCAAACCGUUUAAGUUCGUGCAUGAGAGUGUGGUUAGAGUGGACACUUCGUUUCGACUUACGGACGAUUUGGACGGGAAAGGCAUUACCUUCCUGGCCGCAUGUCUUGAGGCGAUGCCGGGAGUUACUAGAAAAAAGAGGGAAAUUUGUUUUGACUCAGAUUUCACUACUCCUUUCCGAGCUUUCUUUGGAUUGUAAAUUAGGGAUUCCUAAUUAUUUUGUGUGGCAGUAGCUUCUUUUUAGCUUUGAACCAUCUAUUUAUCCUUUUGUUUUUGAGGUCAAAAUGUUGAUUUGGGAGGAUGGUUAAAUUGAUUUUGUGGUAUCCUAUUUUUUAGGAUAUGCACUUUGCUUGUAGCAUUGACUUGUUAUUUUCUUGGGUGUUAAUAUAUACUUACAACGAGAUAUUAAACGCUUUCAACGACACAAAUUAG